GCCACCAAACGGUCUGAGCGCGUGGCGGUACUUGAGAACGCAGCAGGCGAGGCGGCGGAGCGGGCGAAUAGGCUGAGCGAUCUUAGGAGUGGCAGGAGCAACGAGGAGCGACCCUCACUUUUGGCCCUUCUCAUAAGGAUGGCAAUGCUACUGUUUCGUGUCUGGGCCCUGCUGGCUUUGAUCCUUUGCCCAGGAGCCACAGAAGAGCUAUUUGAGGUUUCUGUCUGGCCAGAACAGGCCCUGGUAAAGUUUGGACAGUCCCUAAUGGUCAACUGCAGCACUACCUGUCCCAACCCAGGACCUAGUGGGAUUGAGACUUUCUUAAAGAAAACCCAGGUGGGCAAAGGGCCUCAGUGGAAGGAGUUUCUCCUGGAGGAUAUCACAGAGAAUUCCAUUCUGCAGUGCUUCUUCUCUUGCGCCGGGAUCCAGAAGGACACAAACCUUGACAUCACCAUGUAUCAGCCACCAGAGCAGGUGACCCUGGAGCUGCAGCCUGCAUGGGUGGCCGUGGAUGAAGUCUUUACAGUGAAGUGCUGUGUGCCCCGUGUAGCACCCCUGGAGAACCUCACCCUUACCCUCCUCCAGGGUAACCAAGAACUAUAUAGAAAGAACUUUAUGAGCCUGGCUGUGGCCACCCAAAGAGCCGAGGUUACCAUCAGGGUCAAAGCGCAAAGGGAGGACGACAGGUGCAAUUUCUCCUGCCGUGCAGAGCUGGACUUGAGUUCACGUGGUGGCGAGCUCUUUCACUCCACUUCAGCCAUGAAGGUGCUCCGGAGCUUUGAAUUCUCUCAGCGCCCGCAAAUCCAGGUCCCUCCACUUUUGGAGGUUGGGAUGGCAGAGACUGUGAGCUGCGAGGUGGCUAGGGUGUUCCCAGCCAAAGAGGUAAUGUUCCACAUGUUCCUGGGAGACCAGGAGCUGAGCCCCUUUCUCUCCUGGGAAGAAGACACAGCAUGGGCCAACGCUACUGUUCGGGCCAUGGAGACUGGGGACCAGGAGCUGUCCUGCCUCGUGUCUCUGGGUCCGAUGGAACAGAAAACAAGAGAGCCAGUGCAUGUCUACAGCUUCCCUCCACCAAUCCUAGAGAUUGAAGAAUUAUACCCAUUGGUAGGGACAGACAUUAAUGUGACCUGCACAGGACAUGUGUUAACAUCAUCCAGCCCUACUCUUUGGCUUCAGGGAGUCCCAGACCUCCCUGCCCCUGGGGAGCCUGCCUGGCUUUUACUUACGACCAGGGAGGAAGAUGAUGGCCGAAAUUUCUCCUGUGAGGCCUCUUUGGAGGUUCAGGGUCAGCAGUUCAUCAAAACCACUACAAUCCAGCUCCAUGUCUUAUAUAAGCCACGGUUAGAGGAAUCUGGUUGCCCUGGCAACCAGACCUGGGUGGAAGGGACGGAGCAGAUGCUUGCCUGCAUCGCAAAGGGAAACCCGACUCCAUCAUUGGCGUGUACCUGGAAUGGAGUGAUCUUCGACCUUGAAGUACCACAGAAGGCCACCCAGAACCACACUGGAAUCUACUGCUGCACAGCUACUAACCAGCUGGGCUCUGUCAGCAAGGACAUUACUCUCAUUGUUCAAGGACUGGAUGAAGGAAACAGCUCCACCAUCUUCAUCAUCAUCAUUGUUGCCCUGGGAAUGGGUGUAAUCACCAUAGCACUGUAUUUGAACUAUCGGCCCUGCAAGAUAGAGAGGAGGAAAUUGCCCUAUAGGCAGAAAGAGAAGGACAAAGAGGAGGAAAACCAGUUUGCUGUUGGACAAGCAGAAAAAUGGAACACACACAGUUGUUAA